AUGUCGCUGAGGAAUUCCAAUUCAGGUCGCAGCUAUCCUCCCCGAGCAGGGUCGACUGGGGCAUCGACACGCGCAUACCCUUCGCGACCUCAGACCUCCGAGAGUCAGCGCAACGGAUCUGCUCCGGAUGCUGGCGAUGAUACGCGCAAUGGAUCAGUCAGGGAUCAAAGGGGCUCUGCUUCGGCUGACAGUAUACAACAAAGGAGCUCGACAUUCGUGCAGCAGCCUAGGGACAGAUCCACGCCUGCUGCAGCGUUGUCGCCGCAACUGACGGACCAACAAAUCAACAGGGUCACGUACAAGGUGAGCAAAUGAUUAUGAUGAAAGUCGCUUACGUGCUCCUGAUGUAUAUCGCCUCUACAUCCGUAGAACGCGACUAUCAAAGCCCUCAUCGAUCCUACGCUGCCGGUGGUCGAUGUCAUCCGCCAAUUGUGCGCAAACGCCCAUCUAGGGGUGCAAGAGCCCCCUGCCCUCUUCGCCCUACGUGAUGAGGAGAAUGAGGAGCUCAUUGAUGAUGCAACCCUCGCAAAGAAGAUUCGCGCAGGCCGCAACUUGAGGUGAGCGCAUGCCUUGCGGACAGCUCGUGGCAGAAUCUCUGAUGAAUGACUUUUGCCCUAUGAUGUCAGACUGUGUUCUUCGCCCACUAUUGAAGCUGUCGAGAUGGUUGAUAAGCUGUCCACGCGCGAAGAGCGGACCCUCAAGAUGGCGACGUAUACGCUGCAGCGACUUAUAAGGGAACCGCCAUUCCUGGAAGAAUUCCUCAGGAGAGGUGGAGCGGAUGAACUCAUUGGUAUCACCAUGAGCUUGGACAGCGGUAACACUCUAGCCUACGCUUUAGCAUGCAUGCAGAACUUGAUGGAAAGCAGCGACGAUGGAUGGGAUGAUCUGGAAGGAAGCUUCAUUGCCAAGGUAAGCCGGCUCUAGUCCGGGCUCGAGAGACGAAUUGACGCUAAUAGCUCGCCCGGGCUGCCCGGUCACACAGGUGGUGCACAUUCUCGCAACGCAGGAUCGCAUCAACGUUUGCAGACCGGCGACAGCGAUUCUCAAAAAGCUGGUUCUGUCGGGGCCAGACUCUGCGUCACUACCACGCGAAAGCGUGGCGCGCGGGGAGGGAGAGGACGAAGAAGGCGGUCCACCAGGUGCUGCUAGGGGCCAGGCGGUGUUUCAGUACGGCUUCGAAGUUGUCUAUAACGAGAUCCGACGGGAGCCAGCCUUUCUCAGCACAUUGACGCAGAGACUUGGGAGCGCCGAUACAACCCUCUGUCUUUACAGGUGAGCGAUAAGGCCCGGCACGCGGGCCUCAAGCACUCACCCAUUCUGGCUGGAUUUCGCUCUGCAGUCUGAGCCUCAUCAACAGUCUUAUGCGGCAUGCCUCGCCGAGCCUGUUCGAGACAUUUACAGCUGAGCUAGACAAGCUCAACGUGUCGAAAGCUGUGACGAGGCUGAUGGAUUCCACUCGAGGCGAAGAGCUCUCUUCAUCCAUUCUCGAGUACCAGAACAAUGUGAUUCGUGUUCUUCAUAAACGGCUCAACACUGCAGUUAGCCCCACCAAGCAGCGUCACGCAAGUGCUUUGUCACACAUGUGGCUCCAGGCGCAAGUCACCGAGACGGUCAGCAGUGACGAUACAGAUCCUGACGGCAACAGGUCUCUUCCUGCUGUGCCUGGCAGUGCCGGCAACCGUUUCAAAUGGAGGAGACUGGGCUUUGAGACGGAGAACAUCAGUAAAGAAUUCACGCGCACAGGAUGGCUAGGACUGGAAUGCUGCGAAAGCUUUGUCAAUGGAGAUCCGGAAGCCUACGCCAAGGUGGGUUGCUUUGCGAGGUAUGCUGGUCGAUCACCAUCGACUUACUGACAAUGAAGCUCCGGGCGAGCGCAACAGAUCAUUCUGGAGCAAAUCAAUCGUCCGGCGAACAGGCGUUGUCCUUGGGGUCUCGCGUCACUCGAAGUAGUCGAGAUACUCUCCGACCAUUACGACGUCGACUCUGGAUACACCAGCUCGACAGAGUUCAUGCCCUACAUUCUGUCCUUUACCAGGGUACACUCGCUAUCUUUACGCUUCUUUCUGCGAAUGUGGAGCGAGAGCGGUGCAGCGCGAUCUGACUUCGCAAGGGUGAGCGCCUUGGUGCGCAGCCAGGUGAAGGAAGCCUUACGGUCGGAAGCAUCCAAGACGUGGUUCGAAGUCGAGCGCGACUUCAUCGAAUCUGACUAUCGCCUGGUCAGAGAUAGGCAGAUGCGAGAGCUGGAAGUUGGCGACGACUUUGCGAGCAAAGCUAGUGUCAGAAAUCUUCGUGGAAGGCUGUACCGAGAAAGCUACGAGUUUGUCAGGCAACAGCGCAUACAGUGCUUGUUGGAAGGAGCCUGGUUCAAAAGCCCGCCGCAGACAACGAGGAGCAGUGAGCCUCUUAGCUCUGGUCGCGUAUCGCGCGCAGGAACGGCUGGAGGAAGUACGAGUCCAUACGGCCUUGUAAUUGCUAGACCCUGGCGAUUCUACAGGCUUAGUCCGAACAAGAAAGUACUGCACUACUGCGAAGCUCUGGAGAUUGGGCCCAUCCGAAGCGGGCUGGACGACCUCCCUGAGCGCAUCGACUUGGGUCUCGUGUCAGAAGUAUCGGUCCAGCAACCCACAGGACAGAGCGCUGAAAGUUCUCUAGCCUUCAGUCUGCUGCGCGCUCCUGAUGUCAGUCUCGCGGACUUUGUGGCGCUCAAUGCGAGCCAGUACAGCGAGUGGGUGGACGGACUGGGCAUGCUUCGCGGUGAAGGAGGAGUUGUCAGCACCAAGGAGACUGCCGAAUUCAUACAGGCGUUGACGGACAUCGCCGUCAAGGUCAAACUGCUAGACUUGACGGGAGAGAGGGUGAGUUCGAUGAUCGCGGGGUGAAGUGGUUUCCGCUCCUGACCUGCGGACGUUUUGCCUUCCACUGUCCACUUCCAGAUUGAGAUACCACAGUCUUUGCCGCUCGCGCCCUUGCCUGUCACCACCUCAUUCUUUUUUGCCGAUCUGUAG